GGCGGCGCGCUGCCGCCGGCCGGCGGGACUACACCUCCCAGGGUGCCCCGCGCCGCGGCCGUGUUGUGCCUCCGUGUCGGGGCGAGGAGGAGGAGGAGGAUGGUGACAGCGGGAGGAUGGAGUCAGUUUUAUCUAGGUAUGAAAACCAGAUCACUAUUUUGUCAGACUACUUAGAAGAAUUUCCAGAAACUGAUGAGCCAGUGUGGAUUCUAGGAAGGCAACACCACCUAAACACAGACAAAUCUAAGUUAUUGUUGGAUAUAAGUGCCCGUCUCUGGUUUACGUAUAGAAGAAAGUUUUCGCCUAUUGGAGGCACUGGUCCUUCGUCUGAUGCUGGCUGGGGAUGUAUGCUGCGAUGCGGGCAGAUGAUGCUGGCACAAGCACUGAUCUGCAGACAUUUAGGAAGAGAUUGGCAAUGGGAAAAACACAAAAAACAACCAGAAGAAUAUCAUAGAAUCUUACGGUGCUUUCUAGAUAGAAAGGAUUGCUGUUAUUCCAUCCACCAAAUGGCGCAGAUGGGUGUUGGAGAGGGGAAAUCAAUUGGAGAAUGGUUUGGACCAAAUACAGUUGCUCAAGUACUAAAGAAGCUUGCUUUAUUUGAUGAAUGGAAUUCACUAGCAGUUUAUGUAUCUAUGGACAAUACAGUGGUCAUUGAAGACAUCAAGAAAAUGUGCUGGUCCCCUCCCCAGAGCAGCGGCGCGGCCCACAGCAGUGCACAUUUGCACAGAAGCGCUCUUGGCCGAAAUAAGAACACAGCAGGAUUCUGCACAGGCUGGAAGCCCCUCUUGCUUAUUAUACCUCUACGACUAGGGAUUAAUCACAUAAAUCCAGUAUAUAUUGAUGCGUUUAAAGAAUGCUUUAAGAUGCCACAGUCUUUGGGAGCAUUGGGAGGGAAACCAAAUAAUGCCUAUUAUUUCAUAGGAUUUUUAGGCAACGAGCUGAUCUAUUUGGACCCUCACACCACUCAAAGUUUUGUAGAUUCGGAAGAAAAUGGCACAGUUGAUGACCAGAGCUUCCACUGCCAGCAAGCCCCACACAGAAUGAAGAUCAUGAAUUUGGACCCUUCAGUAGCUUUAGGCUUCUUUUGCAAAGAAGAAUGUGAUUUUGAUAACUGGUGUAGUCUUGUACAAAAGGAGAUUCUAAAGCAACAGAGUCUACGGAUGUUUGAGCUGGUCCAGAAGCAUCCACCACACUGGCCUCCUUUCAUACCUCCAACAAAGCCCGAAGUGACAACUACAGGAGCAGAACUCAUUGAAUCUACUGACAAGCUAUUUGAAUUGGAAGAAGAAUUUGAAAUCCUGAGUGUAUGAGGGAAACUGGUGACCCUUCUGAGUAUUGAACAUAUUGCUAAUAUUAUUGCAUUGACUUAAAUCAAACAGCCAUGUUAGCCCCAAAGUGCCUGAAAUGACAGAUAACAGAGCACAAAAACCUAGUAGCAUCCAAAACUCCAGCAGUGACAGUUCCUUCUGUCAAAGAGCUUCCCCAGAUGGAAAGGCAGUAAAAGCUCAUCUUUUAUUAUAAGACCCUUAAAGGGAACUUCUUUCUAAUGUGUGUCUUUCCUGAAGACAAAUGGACCUUUGAGAUUAAGGCAAAAAUAAGUAUAUCAAUGGGCUGUAUGUUUGGAGAAAGGGAUAACACAAAAUGGAUAUUUCUUGCUCUCAUAUAAUGCAAUAGUUUAGUUCUUAAAGCAAAACAGUCUUCAGUUAAGGAGGAUGUUUACUUCUGUUCCCUCCUGUGGGCUGCAUCGUAGAAAAAAUACAUUGUCUUGUUUAAAAGAUCAACUGGAUCAGAAGAAAAUUGUUUCCUUGUUAAAUAUUUUAACAUGCAUUUGAGCAACCACACUUUAUUACAAAAAUGUUUCUGUAAAAGGAACUAUGUCUAAUGUAUACGUUUUGCAAUAGCCUUCCUGUUUCUGGGAAACCUCAAGGGGAACAGGAGACUCAAAUAGUUAAUACAGAUCACAACCACUGUUAUAGUUACGAUAUAUUUCACCUUGACCUUAAAAUUCAAAUCAUUAAAACUUAGGCUGACUUUUCUUUCGGAGCUAAAAUGAGUCAAAGGUGGUUUAACUGUACCUUAUUUAUUUUAAAAAAGAUUUACACAAGUUUCUCUGUUACAGCACUUUAUCUGUGCAUCUAAUAAAUUUCUUAAGCUUUUCAUAGGUUGUAUGCUGCUAUAUUUUGUUAAUUUGUUUGUGUGAACUAAAUGUAAACCAGGUUAUCUUAAAACUUAAUAUAUAGGCAUAUGCAAAUUACUUAAUUGUUGGUUUUUGACUUGUUGCCUUUUGAAAUCUGUUUUGGUAAAAGUGCCUUAAUUCUACAGGUUUAUCAGAACAGCCUGUGCGGUUUUAUCUCUAAGGCAGAGUAUCUCUCCACUCCAGCAGCCAUAAGAAAACCAGCUCAGAAUAAUUAAAGGCAAAGAUCUUUUAAUACAUUAUGAAGUUCCUUUUUUACUAUCAGACAGUCCCCGUUAUGGUCAUUUUGUCAUGGUAGUGUAAUGGACGUGAAUCGCACAGUUUCAUCUUCACCAAUAAAUGACAACAUAGAGAAAUACCGAA